GCUAACGUUAACCGCCUCAGGUCGCUGACAGGAGUAGUAACGGCAGAACUACAGCAGCACGCACGAUGUCAUUCACUUGAUGCCACUGCUGGGCUAAUGAAACUCAGACACUUCUGGAAGAGAGUACUUUUAACACCAGGAGACGUUUUUAUGAAGACGCAAAGUAAAUGUUAAUUUUUCCACAACGCGAGUAACGAUAACGUUAGUGUAGCGGUAAGCUAACAGCUAGCUAACGUUACUUAACCUGGUAUUCGGCUAACUUAGAAACAGCUUUGGAAGAGCCUGCUAACAAACUGAAAUAACACUCCGAGAGAGGGAUAUACCUUCAGAAAAUGAGAAUUCUUCGUGCUGGUCUCAGGUUUGUAAGCUCUUAGUGCCUGGUGUUGCUGCCCCUCCAGUGGUUGAAUUCAUGAGCACGCUCAGUGACAGCUGUGCGUAGUGCUCUGGGAUGGGGAGUGGAGUCCAGGAACAACGAGCAUCACUCACGCAGGGAGAAGUGCUGCCGCUGCCUUCCUCCAGUCAGUCAGAAGUGAGCUAUGAGGGCCUAAAGCACACUCGCUCUGUCCUCAACUCGCUCUUCUCGGGCGCUUUAGCGGGAGCUGUGGCCAAGACAGCUGUCGCCCCAUUGGACAGGACUAAAAUCAUCUUCCAAGUGUCUUCAGCACGAUUCUCUGCCAAGGAGGCCUACAGGUUGAUCUACCGCACCUACCUGAAGGAUGGCUUCUUCAGCCUGUGGAGGGGGAACUCUGCGACAAUGGUGCGAGUCAUUCCAUACGCAGCCAUCCAGUUCUGCGCGCAUGAGCAGUACAAGAGGCUGCUGGGAGGUUAUUAUGGCUUUCAGGGGAAAGCCCUGCCUCCAUUACCAAGGUUACUGGCUGGAUCUAUGGCAGGUACCACGGCAGCUAUGCUGACCUAUCCUCUGGACAUGGUGCGAGCCAGGAUGGCCGUAACACCAAAGGAAAUGUAUAGUAACAUUCUGCAUGUGUUUGUGCGGAUCUCUCGAGAAGAGGGCCUGAAGACAUUGUAUCGAGGUUUUACUCCCACCAUGCUGGGUGUUAUUCCCUAUGCUGGUCUCAGCUUCUUUACCUAUGAGACACUGAAGAAAUUACAUGCAGAGCGCAGUGGGCGCCCACAGCCCUACUCAUAUGAACGUCUGGCUUUUGGAGCCUGUGCAGGUCUCAUUGGCCAAUCAGCAUCUUAUCCUCUUGAUGUGGUACGGCGGCGUAUGCAGACUGCAGGAGUGACAGGUCACACGUACGGCACCAUCCUGGGCACCAUGAAGGAUAUCGUGUCUGAGGAGGGGGUCAUCCGUGGACUCUACAAAGGUCUCAGUAUGAACUGGGUUAAAGGGCCCAUUGCGGUGGGCAUCAGCUUCACCACCUUUGACCUUACUCAGAUCCUCCUGAGGAAGCUGCAUCAGAUGGGCUAUACAGCUCGAUAAUAGUUAUUCAGAGUGGAAAAUGGGGAGAUCACAAGAUCCCCAUUAGCCCUCUUAUGAGAAACAAGGAGGGAAAAGUGAUAGAGAGUGAAGAGUGUGUAUCGCUGGACAGAAGCAAACGCACACUGGCUCAGGAUGCGUGGGUAAUAUUAAUGUAUUCUCUCGCUUUAUCUGUGUGCAACAAGGGAUGUACAGUCCCUGUAGGUACAAAGUAGGGUGUAAGGUGGUAACGUGUACCUCUACACGCUGUUGUCAUGUACAUCUAAGUGCAAUAUGCUCAGUGGUUUUAUGUGUGUAGCCUAUGUGUGUACACAUAGAUUAUAUUGCUCCUGCCCUGGUGGACCAGGCCUGUGAGUGUAUUUAUCAAUCAAAGAGUUCAGAGGUUCACACACACUGACAUCUCUCAACUGCCUUGUGUUACUGCUUAAAACUGACACCUUCAAAUGCAAUGCAGGAUGCCACUCAUCUAUUAUGGACUUUUAAGAUGCAUUUGAUUUGAUCAGAGUAAAGUAUGCCCCCUUGAGAUUUGUUUUGAUGUGAAUGAGUUUGUUUAAGGAAUUAUACCAAAGGUUAGGAUGUGAGAUAGCUGCAGAUUAUAUGGUGUUAGUGGUGUUAUAAACAAUCUUGCCCAGCACAGAGGUAACAGCAUCUUUACUGCCACUGAAUAGUUUUUGUUUGAGUUGAAAAUAUCGAAAUCUCUUUGAGUCCAGUAUUUUUAAGUGGAGCUCCUGAACAUUGAAUUCACAGACUGUUAUUUGGAAUUAAGCUAUUGUGCUGACAGCAGACAGAUGAUCUAUAUUUUAUGCCAGUGCCAACAGAUAUAAAGUUUUAAGAGUGCCCAUAUUAUUUUAUGUUUGUUUUCACUGUAAUCAUAUCAUGGGCUUUUUAAAAUAUUGUAAAUUUUGAUAGUCAAAUCUGUUGUCUGAUGUAUCAAUACAGGUGACUAGACAGAUUUAAAAAAUACCAGCUGAAAAUCUCACCUACAGUUUAACCUCAUACUGACAUGCAGUGUCAAGUAAUGCACAUCAAACACUUUGAUAGGUAAUUUUUCCAAAUGUGUGAUCAUAGACACUGAUUUAACAGUUUAGAAGGAACACCUGUACAGUCUAAUGCAAUCCAAUACAACAGCCCUGCAGUGAGUAUUAACUUUGUAAAGUUUACAAUGCCCCAUUGUCAUUGACACUGUGUGUGUGAGAAGUGUUGCUUUAAAUCUAUGGCAUUUUUAAUGAUAUUGUUUUGGAUUACAAUAUAUUGACAGGUGUUUCUAAUAUUGUCACCCUCAUGUAUGUGUCACUGGUAAUGAAAACACAGAGUCCCAUACACACUAUACAAAUGUUGUCUUCCAUGUGCUGUCAGUGUGGCAGCUGCAGGAUCUGUCUCUUGGCGAUUUUGCUGCCAUUCAUGCCUGUUUUCUUUAAAACCUGGCAAGACACUAGUUUUAAUUUUGACAGGUCAUUGAAAUAAUUUACAAACUUCUGGUUGGGGUGGACUCAGAAUGAAGAUCUUUAUUAGUAUUUACUAAUGGACUAACUUGACUGGAAAUGUGCACACACCUAGUGAAGUGAUCAGUUGACUUCUCUGUUACAGGCAGCAUUGAGUUCAUUUUAGCAUUCUCAGUAUUGUACUUUACCUCAGCAUGUAAUCAAUAGUUCAUGAAAUUCUCACAUAUCAAUGUGUUAUGUGGAGUAUUGUCAAAAAUGGGACUUUGUGCUCAGUUUUUAUUUGACCAUAUGUGCAACAGUUUCAACAGUGCUGAUGCAGGCUUGCGGCCAUUGAGGAGUGUCAAUAGUUUGUAUACUUAGACCAUACAUACCAUACAUACUGUUUCUAUACUUAGACCAUAAAUACCGAGGAUGCAGAGCCAAGUGGAGCAGAGGGCAGGAAGUGUCUCCUUCACCAGAAUAAAAGCAGGAAACAAACAAGUGUGAUGAUUUAAACUGAAACUCAAUAGUGUUUUGUAUUUUUUAAUGCAUGAUUCAUACACGAUUGUUUAAGAAUCUACUGGGGCUGCACAAAUGAUUAUUUUUUUUAUUAUUGAUUAAUCUUGAAAUUAUUUGAAUAAUCACCAGACAAAUGCCCAUAACAGUGACUAAAGCCCAGAGUGAUGCCUUAACAUUGCUUAAGUCUUCUGACCAGCAUACAAACGCCCAAAAAUAUGAUUAUUUUCAUGUUAUGAAAGAGAAAAAGCAACCCUUUGCAUUUGCGAAUCUUUAAUCAGCAAAUAUUGUGUGUUUUCACUGUUUAAAAGUUCAGUAACCUAUUAGAAUUUGAAUUGAUUUUGUCCAUUAACCAACUCAUUUAUUGGCUCAUUGAGCAGGGCUGAGUAUUUUUCGGUACUAAUGUUGAAACAAUACCUGGAUUUCAGCACGGAUACCAGAAUGACUCUUCUUUGAUUUUUGUUUGGUAUUUGGUACUUUGGUACUUUUAGUAUUUGACAGUUUUCGAUACUCGCUGCUAGGGACACGUUGUGGUCAGUAACAGGACAUUUUGAAAUUUGGUACCCAUCUUUAUUCAGUAGUUUACUCCACUCUUACACCCCCCCCCCACCCCCCAUCCUUUAAACUUACAACCCUCCUUUAACCCCCCUGUCUGACCAUCAUUUCAUCUGCCUCUCAUCUGUCUGUUCAUGGAUGUUGUGAUUGUUUUCCUAAUUGUCCAGGGAAUCAGGAGAAAUGUAGCGUUCAGGUGACACACCCGAACCUAAGCAGACUGUAUUCACAUCAGCAAACAGUGGAAAACUUUGAUGCACUUGGGUUAACAGAGCAGUAGAUGCAAGUUUAGUCAAUUAGUUAUCUUUACCCCUUACCUUAGGUAGCAGGAGGGAAGUAUGUUUAACUAAGUUUGGAUCAAUGACAGUUUGAAUUGUGCACAUGUUCUGAGCUGACAUUUGCAAGAGUGCUUCUUGGUUGAAAGUACACAGUAACAGAAAGCUGAGUCAAAGGCAGUUACUGACUCUUAAGUGCCUAACAAGGAAUAGUAAUGUGUUUACUAUGACUGAGCUACUUCUACUAACCUUUCUGAAGGUCGCUUCCAUUUUCUAGCCUUGCUUUGGUCUUGAAGUUACAAAUAUUUAAGGAGCAGCGGGUGGUUUGAAGUUUGGGGAUUGUUAGACCUCUGUGACUGAAUGUAUUACUUCAGGUGAAGUUUUUAUAUGUGAAUUUUGUAAAACUUACAAACUGCCUUGCAGGAUAUUGCUGUCUAGGGUGAGAUACAUGACUCUUUGGCUCUCUAGCAAACUCGAUCAAUCCAUUCCAACACAUAAGGGACUGAUUUGGAGGUAGGAUGAUUUAAAAGUACAUUUAAUGGCUGUUUGUAGCCUUAUUUCAAUUAGAAUAACAUAAAGAGCAUUGCAAUGUUAUUAUCUCCCAAUUGAAGGACCUAUAGAUCAAAAGAGAUUGGAAAACGUGAUGAAAUAUACCAUAAUAGGGAGAGUCUAAUGAACCUGGACAAACUCCUAGACAAUCAUUGCAUGCCAAAAAGUUUUCUUUUGUAUUUGUUUCAAAAUAAAAAUAUGAGUUUUGUUGUGAACCUGACAAGGAAUACUGACACACUACAACAACAAACUGGUAAAAGUUGUGAUUUUAUUUCCUCUAAUGAAAGCAAAUUGAAUUGCUUUAACCCUGUUUGUGGGUGAUCCUACACAGACGUGCAGACAUACAAUGCUACUGUAUAUGCAUGUUACAACAGAUCAUCUUAUAUGUUUUUGUUUAUGUGCAUCAGUGAUAUGAUGGCUGUUUUGUAAAUCCUAGUGAUUUGUGCCAACUGAAUGUAAACGUACCUACUAAUACCACACCCUGUGUCCAGUCUGUAGUGUUGAUUGUGUAUCUGUUGCAAAGUUUUGAAAUAUUAAAUUCUCAAAUAAAACUGGAUGUUAACUACA